AUCUUGCUGGUUGAGCUACUCGGUGGAAAUAAGAUUUCGAUGAGGUGGAUGUAAUACCCGUCUCAUAUAUUAUACUCGGUCUGACUAACUGCUAGCUGCGUUCGAAGGGUUGUGUCAGAACAAAAUUCGGUGUUUUGUGUUGUAAAUCUACUCCUGCAGUCACUUAUCUGCCAUGGUGGAAAAAUGACUCUGAAAGUCAAUACUCUAGUUGAGAAAUAUCCGCGUCUCAUUCCGCCUCAUUAGAAGAACAGAUUGCUAAUUUGGGAUUGCAGUUCUAUUCGAAAUCAUAAAAAUGUCAAUCACGUCAAAGUUGUUUGCGGAAUCGUUACUACCCCGAAGACCGUCCUCCUCAUCAUCUUGCAAAUGUGCAGUGCUGAUUGGAAUCAUUUUCAUCACAGUUUUACUUUUGAUGCCAGCUCCAGCUCAGGCUCAACGUCGUCGAUUCCUUAUGCGACAAAGAGAGAAGCAAAUUUUGGAUAUCGUGUUGAGCAAUACUACGUAUGACAACCGAAUUCGCCCAAGUCCACUGUUAAAUAGCACCACUGGAGAAACCCAAGUUUAUGUAAAUCUGCUAAUUCGCUCCGUGAGCAAAAUAGAUGAUUUCGCAAUGGAAUACAGUGUGCAAUUACUGCUUCGAGAAGAGUGGUAUGACGAUAGGCUCAAAUUUGAGAGCUUUAGAAGUUCACAAGCGAGCACCUCAGAUUUUCCGCCUUAUCUGACCAUCGUGGACACCAAAAGGGUGUGGAUGCCUGACAUUUUUUUCAUUAAUGAGAAAGAGGGGAGGCUCCACGGGAUUAUCAAGCCCAACGAAUACGUCAGAAUAUAUCCCGACGGGAAUGUUCUCUUUUCUGUUCGCAUCUCCCUUGUUCUUGCCUGUCCAAUGGACCUACAAUUCUUCCCAAUGGAUGAGCAAACGUGUCGUAUUGCAAUGGCUAGUUAUGGUCUGACAACGGAAGAUAUAGUAUUUCAUUGGAAAGUGGAGGAGCCAGUACAAGUACCAAACUUGACACUACCGAGGUUUAAUCUACAAGCUGUUAAAACCUAUAAGGAUGACCGAACAACAAAUACGGGAACGUACAGCACCUUGAAAGCAGAUUUUGUUUUACGACGAAAUUUUUCAUAUUACAUGACCCAACUUUACAUACCAUGCAUUAUGCUGGUAAUUGUUUCCCAAGUCAGUUUCUAUAUUGAUGAAAAUGCCGUUCCUGCAAGAACAGCCCUUGGCAUUACAACUCUGCUGACUAUGGCUACACAAUCAGCAUCAAUUAACAGAUCAUUGCCACCUGUAUCUUAUACAAAAUCAGUCGACGUAUGGAGCGGAGUGUGUUUGAUAUUUGUCUUCGCUGCUCUGAUCGAGUUUGCAUUUGUCAACUACUACAACCGAUUUGACAAAAGAACAAAGAAGCUUUGGAUUGAGGAGCACGGACACGAGCCACCUCCGCCCGAGGGGUGUGGCUGGCUUUCAAGACGCUACCCGUCCAAGUCAAAAAGGAUUGACGUGUGUUCUCGGGUCAUUUUUCCAAUUUUAUUUAUAAUAUUCAACAUUUGCUACUGGUCAGUGUGCUUGACUGCCAAAUUUUAAUCUGACGCAUUUAACAUACUGAAUAAAGUAGUAUUCAUCUAACAACUCGUCGAAAUACCUCUGGAAAUAAAUGGGAAAAUCUGGAGAAAAAUAACUAAA